GGACCGUUUCACAACAGUGCACGAGGCUUAAACUCAUCACCCACUUCCACUGGUCACACCUGUGGAGACACAGCUUCAUUAUUACAGAAAAAACAUCCCAAGUAUUUAAUCAGUGGGGAGUCCCUGGAUAGACUGGUUCACGCCUUCUUUCUCUGGACAAUAACCGUGACAGAAACACGCAGAAAUGAUUAGCAGCACACCGGUAUGUUAACGUCAUUGUCUCGGUCGUCGCGAAGAAGAAGUCGUCGUCUGUCUGCGGAGCUCAGCCGGAGGCUCCGGUGCGUUCAAGCCGUGCACGUUGGGGGACACUUGUGGCCUGUGGAGUCUUGACUCAAACUAAAUACAAAUCUGAGCCAUGGAGUUGAGUUCAGUGAUCAUCACCACCGGGAGCUCCGUCGGGUUUUUCCGGCUGGUCAACGCCGGGGUCGGGAGGCUGCCCAUGCCCGAGGCUGCCUGCAGGAACGCGUGGAAAUGGAGAAACAUCUCCACAUCCUCCGUCCACAGCUUCAUCACCGCGAUAUGGGCAGUGCUGUGCUUUUUCCGUCACCCUCAGAUGGCUGAAGAUUUGAUAGAAACUCACUCCGUGUUUUCUCAUGCAUUGGUGUCGUUUUCUAUCGGUUACUUCAUCUAUGACUUCCUCGACAUGAUGAGGAACCAGCAGCUGAGUCAGUGCUGGGAGCUUCUCUUUCAUCACGUAGUGGUGAUCACCUGUUUCGGCCUCUCUGUGGUGUCCUGCCGCUACGUGGGCUUCGCCGUGGUGGCCCUGCUGGUGGAGAUCAACUCUGUGUUCCUCCACCUCCGCCAGAUGCUGCGCAUGUCCAGCAACGCCUCCGGCACGGUGUACCGGGUCAACAGCAUCAUCAACCUGGGCACGUACGUGGUGUUCCGCAUCAACACGCUGGCCUGGAUGACCCGCUGGCUGGUGCUCAACAGGGACAACGUGCCCCUCCUGGCCUACACGCUGGGCAGCGUGGGCAUGGCCAUCAUGACCUGCAUGAACAUCGUUCUGUUCUACCGGCUGCUCAGGAGCGACUUCUUGAAGAGCAGCACCCGGGAGACGAAGAAGGAGAAGGAGAUGUAGAGAGGAGGGGAGGUUAUGAUCCACAAACACACUCGUUACUGUAUGUUAACGCCCUGUGGAGGAGAUUUGGUACCUUGUGUGUGAUAAUAUAAUCAAGGCUGGGAGAUGGAGGGAUCUUUUUAUCUCUUAUACUGUACAGGUACAUGCACACAAGGUGAAAUCAAACGGGCUCAUUUAAAAACAGACACAGUCACGAUCAUAAAAGCUGCAUUUAGUUGUAGUUUUAACUUGUUUACCUGUGUGUCCCGUCAUCUUUAAGUGCUAUUAGUGGCUAACUAAUGGUUCAUCUUUAUAUCAACACUGUAAGGCCUUGCGACACGACACCAAACGCCUUAUUUCCCACAGGGUGUUUCAGCUAAAUCUCCUCUAAACUGUAGCACAUCAAAACAUACUGUUCAUAAAACAAACACUCUGUAUAUAUAUUAUAUAUUUCCAUAGAAAACAUAGCAAACAAACACAAAAUAUCGCAAGAAUAACCUUUUAUUUAUAUAUAUAU